AUGGACCUUUUCGAAUUUCAUUUCCGGGAUGUAGGGACUACACUGGAGCAGAAAUUCCUUGGGACACCCGCCCUCGGUACGAUUGAGCCACGAAAUAUCGAAGCCAUGCUAUCAUCCCAAUUUUCUGACUUCGGAUUUGGGCUUCGCAAGAAGAUUAUGCUGCCAUUCCUGGGAGAGGGCGUCUUCACUCAAGACGGGCCAGCGUGGAAGCAUUCAAGAGAGCUUCUUCGCCCACAAUUCACUCGACAGCAGUACCAAAAUCUAGACGUUUUCGAAGAGCAUGUUCAACAUCUGAUGGCCCACUUCCCUCAUGAUGGAGUAAACAUUGUUGAUAUUCAGCCACUCCUUUUUAGGUAUACGCUGGACACGACAACGUCUUUCCUCUUUGGACAGUCUAUCUAUAGUCUGAAAGACGACAAGUCUGCCGAUGGACUGAGGUUCGCUACAAAUUUUGACACAGCUCAAGAUCUUGUCGUGAAGAGGUUUAGACUGCUUGAUUUAUACUGGCUUGUGGGAGGCCGUAAGUUUUUCAAGGCUUGUGAUGAGGUGCACGACUUUGUAGAUGAAAUCAUACAUGAGCGGCAGGCUGGAAUUGAUCUCGAACAAGCUCAAGAAGGGAGGGAGAAUUACUUGUUCUUCGAUGCUGUUGCUGAGGACGUGAAGAGGUCGGAAGACCUCCGAGGCCAACUACUCAACAUACUGUUAGCGGGGCGAGAUACGACGUCGUGCUUGAUCUCGUGGACAUUUUAUAAUCUCGCUCGUCAUCCUAAAGUCCUAGCUCAGGUCCGCGAGGAAAUCAAUUCGACUGUUGGUGAGAAUAUCAAGUUGAAGCGGGAAGAUUUCGGAAAGAUGACUUAUUUGUCGAAUGUUCUGAAAGAGACUUAUGAGACCACAAUGCUUCCCACAGGCGGUGGGCCUGACGGUAAGUCACCCGUGUUAGUGAAAAAGGGAGAGAACGUUGCAUACUGCGUAUAUGCCAUGCACAGAAGACAGGAUCUUUAUGGCGAAGACUCGCAUGAAUUCAGACCAGAACGCUGGACGAGAAAAGACCUACCUUUGCAGAACGAUCGUAUAAAUGCUUCUUGGGGAUAUCUACCUUUCAACGGGGGACCACGAAUAUGUCUUGGCCGUGAGUAG